UCCCCUCCCCACUUUAUAGAUGAAAGGGAACCAGAAUUCAGAGGAGAUAGCUGACUUACUCAUAGUCUUUCAGAGGGCUGUGACUAGAAUCCUGUACUUUUACUUCCAGGUCAUCAAGAAGCUGGGUAGAAUCUUUGUGUUCAGAAAGUAAUUGUAGAUGACACAUGUAAAAACCCAGUGGAAUUGGGCUUGGGCUAUGGGAAGAGGGGAGGGAAAGAGCAUGAAUCGGGUAACCAUGGAAAGGCUUUCUUAAUUGAUCAAUAAAAAAAGAUAAAAAAAAAAUAAAAAGUAAUUGUAGAAUUUGACUUUGUUCUUUCCUAGGACAUGGUGCAAACUGAAGAGCAGAGAUAGACACUCUGGCAGCAAGUUGGUCAUAGAGGUGUGCCCCCAAAGAUUGCAGGCAGCAGGACCUUGACUAAUGCUUGCAGUGUAUGCUGCCAUGGACGGGGACUACCCACCACAUGAUCCCCCCCAGACAGGAAAUAUGUUGUACAGUCUGCCCCACCUCCAGGUCCCUCUGUGUGGGCCCAACAUUGAGAACUCGAUGCUGCAUUAUCCUUGGUGGACUCCCUAUCCCUAUUCAUCUGCACCAUACCCGCCUUUGACCAAUGAAAACCAGCCAUAUAUGACUGCCCCUUCCUACCCUUACCCAGAUCCCAUCAGCAGACAACAUUGCCUGGACACAAACUAUGCAUCUGUGGGCUCUGCCAGCUUCUUACCAAAAAAUGGUGAUUUUACUCAGGACUCCUCAUACCUCGAUGACACUUCCCUUUUCUCGUCACCUGUUGGCUCCCUCUCAGAUAUUGCUGACUCUGCAGAUUUUCAGCCAGCUGAAAACCUCAGCCAGACUCUGUGGGAUGUGAACACUCCAUCACAAAACCAAGAAGAGCUGUUCUCAUCUGCAGGACAGUUUCUAGGUUUGGAUGACUCAGUCGCUGCUAUUACGAAUACCCCACUGCUUGUGAGUUACCAGUCACAGAGUCAGCCAGAGGAUGAUGAUGAGGGUGAUGAAGAAGAGGCAGAAGAGCUGGGCCAUGCAGAAACCUAUGCUGAUUAUGUCCCAUCCAAAUCUAAAAUUGGAAAACAUCACCCAGACCGUGUGGUUGAAACAAGUACUCUCUCCAGUGUUCCUCCACCUGACAUCACUUAUACCCUCUCCUUGCCCACCUCAGCAGCCGAAAGUGGGUCGUUGUCAGCACUACAAUUAGAAGCCAUCACUUAUGCCUGCCAGCAACAUGAAGUCCUACUACCCAAUGGACAGCGAGCCGGGUUCCUCAUUGGAGAUGGUGCCGGUGUUGGGAAGGGCAGGACUGUGGCUGGGAUCAUCUUUGAGAACUUCCUGAAGGGCAGGAAAAAAUCCCUGUGGUUCAGCGUCUCUAAUGAUCUCAGGUACGAUGCAGAGCGAGAUCUGAAGGACAUCAAUGCCCCUCACAUUCCAGUCCAUGCUUUAAACAAGAUAAAGUAUGGUGACACAACUACCUCAGAAGGAGUCCUGUUUGCCACUUACUCUGCCCUGAUUGGGGAGAGCCAGGCAGGGGGACAACACCGAACCAGGAUUAGGCAGAUACUCGACUGGUGUGGAGAAAACUUUGAUGGAGUUAUAAUUUUUGAUGAAUGCCACAAAGCCAAAAAUGCCAGCUCUACCAAAAUGGGCAAAGCAGUAUUGGACCUUCAGAACAAGAUGCCCCUUGCCAGAGUUGUCUAUGCCAGUGCCACAGGUGCCUCUGAGCCAAAAAAUAUGAUUUACAUGAGCCGCCUGGGGAUCUGGGGAGAAGGAACCCCUUUCAGAGCCUUUGAGGAGUUCCUCCAUGCCAUUGAAAAGCGGGGUGUCGGUGCCAUGGAGAUUGUGGCGAUGGAUAUGAAAGUGAGUGGCAUGUACAUUGCCCGGCAGCUCAGCUUCUCUGGGGUCACCUUCCGGAUAGAAGAGAUCCCUCUAGACCCGUCAUACGAGUGCAUCUACAACAGAGCAGCCCAGCUGUGGGCAGAGGCAUUAGUGGUGUUCCAGCGGGCAGCAGAGUGGAUUGGCCUAGAGUCCCGGAAGUCCCUGUGGGGGCAGUUCUGGUCCGCCCAUCAGCGCUUCUUCAAAUAUCUCUGCAUUGCUGCCAAAGUCCGUCGCUUGGUUGAGCUUGCAACAGAGGAGCUGGCAAAGGGCAAGUGCAUAGUCAUUGGGCUGCAGUCGACCGGAGAAGCUCGAACCCGAGAAGUCCUGGAUGAGAAUGAUGGCCACUUGAACUGCUUUGUCUCUGCAGCAGAAGGCGUCUUUCUAUCACUAAUUCAGAAGCACUUUCCUUCAACCAAAAGAAAGAGAGACAAAGGAACUGGCAUUAAAAGAAAACGGAAGCCCAAGGGCCGGCCCACCAAGAUCUCCAAGAUGGUGUGUGAGUUCCCCGGGGUCAUCAAGAUCAGUGAUGAUAGCAGCACGGAUUCCGACCUUGGCCUGGAUAGUGACUUCAACUCCUCCCCAGAGUCCUUCAUUGAUGAUGAUGUCGUCAUCAUUGAUAACCCCUCUUCCGACGACAGAGGUCCUUCGCACUACUAUGGUUCCCAGAGGGAUAUCCAUGGCCCUGGGGUGCUGGAAAAAGUUGAGAAACUGAAGCAGGACCUUUUGGCCAAAGUCAGAGCACUGGGCAGAGAUCUACCUCUCAAUACCCUAGAUGAACUCAUCCACAAGUUUGGAGGCCCUGAGCAUGUAGCUGAGAUGACUGGAAGGAAAGGCCGGGUUGUAUCCAGACCAGAUGGGACAGUGACUUUUGAGUCACGGGCAGAACAGGGCCUUUCCAUAGACCACGUGAACCUAAAGGAGAAGGAACGUUUCAUGAGUGGAGAAAAGCUUGUGGCAAUAAUCUCAGAGGCCUCCAGUUCAGGGAUUUCCCUGCAAGCAGAUAGGCGGGUGAAGAAUCAGAGGCGCCGGGUACACAUGACGCUUGAAUUACCUUGGAGUGCUGACCGAGCCAUCCAGCAGUUUGGUCGAACACACCGAUCAAACCAAAUCUCAGCUCCUGAGUAUGUCUUUCUGAUCUCAGAACUGGCUGGUGAAAGAAGAUUUGCCUCCAUCGUUGCAAAACGUUUGGAGAGUCUAGGUGCCUUGACCCAUGGGGACAGAAGAGCCACUGAAUCCAGGGACCUCAGCAAAUAUAAUUUUGAGAACAAGUAUGGAGCCAGAGCCCUGGACAGGGUCCUGUCUGCCAUCCUGAACCAGUCGGAGAACAAAGUCCCCCUUCCCAAGCACUAUCCAGGAGGAGAUGCUGCCUUCUUUCGAGAGAUGAAACAGGGUCUGCUCUCCGUGGGAAUCUGCUGCAGAGAGUUGAAGUUUGGCUGCAUUUCUAUCGAGAAGGACUGCUCCAUCACUAAGUUCCUGAACCGUAUCCUGGGCUUGGAGGUGCACAAACAGAACACCCUCUUCCAGUACUUCUCAGAUACCUUCGACUACCUGAUCGAGAAGGACAAGAAGGAGGGCAAAUACGACAUGGGCAUCUUGGACCUUGCCCCAGGCAUUGAUGAGAUUUAUGAGGAGAGCCAGCAAGAGUUUCAAACCCCGGGCCAUCCUCAAGAUGGGCAGGUUGUCUUCUACAAGAUUAGUGUCGAUCGAGGCUUAAAGUGGGAAGAGGCUUAUGAAAGGUCGCUACAGAUGACCGGUGCUUAUGAUGGCUUCUACCUCUCUUAUAAGGUGCGAGGCAAUAGGAAGAGCUGCCUACUGGCUGAGCAGAGCCGGGGGAAAUACUUCAUUCUAUAUAAACCCAACAUUGGCAAACAGAGCCAACCUGAGAGCCUGGACAGCCUAUGCAGGAAGUACCGACGGGUGACAGCCGAAGAUGCCAAAGAGCACUGGGAGAGCAGCUAUGCCUUCUCGCUGACGCACUGUAACCAUGCCGUCUGGAAUCGACAUUGCAAAGUGGUCCAGGAGGGCAAAGAGUGCCUGCAGGGUGCCCGGCUGCGGCACUACCACAUGCUGUGUGGAGCCCUGCUCCGAGUAUGGAGCCGCAUCGCCAGCAUCAUCGCCGAGGUGACCAGCAGCAACUACCUGCAGAUCGUAAGGCUCAAGACCAAGGACAAGAAGAAGCAAGUUGGCAUCAAGAUCCCUGAGAGCUGUGUGCCCAAGGUGCUGGAGGAGCUGAAGCAGAUGGACGCAGACGUGAAGCGGAAGCAGGCCCGUGCCGCCCAGGCCGCUGGCCCCUCUGACCCGCUGCCGGCCUUUCAGGCUGCCUUGCAGGGCCCCUGGCCCCCCCUCUCCAUGCACUCCAACCCUAGCGAAGUCUUGGACCUGACCUCCAGUCCUCUGGACGACGGCCUCCCUGGCGGGCUCCUGAGCCUCAACUCAACGAGCCUGCCCUUCUCCACACAAAGCCCUCAGCUGCCCCUGCCGCCGCCCAGGUUCACCUAUCCCCCACCUCUGGACGGGCCAGGGCCCAGCCUGCCCAGCGGCCAUCUGCUGCCUUCCCAUGAACCCUUGCCCCUCCUGCAGCUCCGGCCCCCACCAGACGACCUCACCUCCCAAGGGGACAUCAAUUUCAAGGAGAUCCUGGAAGACAUGUUGAGGUCCCUGAACGUGGUGCCCCCAGAGAACCCCCUGGGCCUGGAGAGACAGAGCGUCAUCCAAUUCAGUCCACCUUUUACAAACUCCUAGGCCCGGGAGUCCAGCACCAUCCAUCCCUCUACAGGCAGCCCUUUAUCCCCUAUGGGGCUGAGGAGGUAGCAAGAGCCCCUCGUUCUUUGAAAAGAGUUAAGGGUAUAAGUAGGAAAGGGUGGACAGAUGAAUAAGAAACUAUAUAGUUCCUUUUAAAACAAAAAAAUUUAUUUAUAUAUAAUAUACAUUCACACAUCUAUAUAAAUAUAAAUUUUUUAUGUUAUAUAUAAAGGGUAGGGGGGCUGAAUGGAUUUGCAGCCAAUGACUGAGGCCGCCCAACUCUGUGAUUUCCCUUUCCCCUUCUCCAGUCAUGCCGUUGUUAAAAGUAAUAGCCCCAGGUUUGGGAUGGCAGGGAACUCAAAGGAAUUAGCGACCUGACCCACACACACACCCCCUGCCCAUUCCCUGAGUCCUCAAGGGCUAAAGAUUAUAGGAGAGGUAAUGGGUCACUCUUCCCCAUUAUCUAUUGACAGGUUGACUACUGAGAAGGAAGAGGCAAGACUGAGGGCACCCUCAGAUCCCCCAGAACACUGGGAGGAGGGGGUAUCCUUUCUAAUUACCCCAAACCAUUGGUUCCCAAACUUUUUUGGCCUACUGCCCCCUUUCAAGAAAAAAUAUUACUUAGC